AUGCUUUACACCGAAGAACAAGAAGACACCGUCGGCGCCGCCGCCGCAAACAAGGCUGGAUCCGGGACCGCGGCCCAGGGCUCGUCCUCCGAGAGCGGAUACGAGAGCGAGAGCUGUUGUUGCGAGGCGGUGGCCACGGACAGGGACUUGUCGAGCAGCCAUGACGGCAUCAACGUCGACAAUGUCGGUGAGGUGGUGAGGAAGAUUGUCAAGUACACCAAGGCGCGCAGUUUCGACGGGUACCUCGUCUUCGAGGACGACCGGACCAGCUGGCAGUUUCUGGAACGCGUAGGGAAAGGAGUCAAGGAGGUGUGUGAGAAGAAGAAGAAGGAUCAGAAGCAGGAUAAGACCUUGAAAGUCCCUGUUCUCAAAAUCAAGUUCUGGAUGGGUACUGCUGCUGAUGCUGAUGCUGAUGCUGAUGCUGUUUCUGGGUUGGAUGGGCCCGGCGGCCUUGGACCUUGA